AUGCCGAGCCAUCUGCACUGGACGCUGCUCCUCUCUUCUCUGCUGGGAGGAGCAUCAGCUGCUGGGCUGUACACCAAAAGCUCGCCUGUUCUCCAGGUAGAUGCAAAGGAUUACCACUCAUUAAUUGCCAAGUCAAACCAUACAUCAAUUGUAGAAUUCUAUGCGCCAUGGUGCGGCCACUGCCAAAAUCUGAAACCCGCCUAUGAAAAAGCAGCCAAAAGCCUCGAAGGCCUAGCCAACGUAGCAGCAGUCAACUGCGACGAUGACGACAACAAGCCGUUUUGCGGACAAAUGGGAGUUCAGGGCUUUCCCACACUGAAGAUUGUGGUACCAGGGAAAAAGCCGGGCAAGCCUCGUGUAGAAGACUAUCAGGGACAGAGAUCAGCAAAGGCCAUUGUCGAUGCUGUCGUUGACAGGAUCCCGAACCAUGUCAAGAGAGUCACGGACAAGGAUUAUGAGAGCUGGGUGUUGGAAGAUGAUGAGUCUCCCAAGGCUAUACUUUUCACUGAAAAGGGAACUACUAGCGGGCUUUUGCGUUCUCUAGCCAUUGACUUCCUGGGGGGUAUCAAGUUCGCGCAAGUCAGGAGUAAGGAGUCCGAAACAGUCGACAAGUUUGGCAUCACCUCCUUCCCAACACUUGUACUCCUCCCAAGUGGCAACGAUGCCGAGCCGAUAGUGUUUGAAGGCGAAAUGAAAAAGGCGCCUAUGCUCGAGUUUCUGAGCCAGGCCGCACAACCCAACCCUGACCCGAGAAAGAACAAGGCAGUCUCAUCUCAAAAGAAAAAGACCGCUUCGUCUCCGACGAAGAAAUUCCAAGACGCCCCCACAGAAUCACCGGGACCAGAGGUAGAGGUAUCCCCGGAAGAGAAGCCAGUCGCAGUCCCGAUCAAGGUACCCAGCGUAGACCAACUCUCUACCCCGGAGGAUCUACAAGCAAUCUGCCUCACUUCAAAAUCAGGCACCUGCAUCCUGACUCUUCUCCCCGAAACCGAGUCCCCAGACUCAGAACUCCCCGCACCAGCAAAAGAGGCUCUAUCAGCCGUUUCUGAACUCUCUCACAAAUUGACUGGUCAUCAUCUACCUUUCUACAGCGUGCCGGCAAUUAACUCGCAUUCAAAGAUCCUGCGAAACGAACUGGGUCUUUCUGAGGCUACGGAGAUCAUCGCAGUAAACGGACGACGCGGCUGGUGGCGUCAAUUCCCUUCUGCUUCCUCCUCAGACGACAAGACUGAAUUCAGCCUGCACAGUGUCGAGAGUUGGGUUGAUGCUAUCCGACUCGGCGAAGGGUCCAAGACUAAGCUCCCUGAUGGCGUAGUUUUGGUUUCUGAUGAGAAGAACGAAGAAAAAGAAGCUGAGGCUGAAAUCGAGGUCGAAACACCCGUAGAAGAAACCGGAGAAAAUGGCGAUACCAAGGAAGUACCACACGAUGAGCUCUAG